UCAACCUAUCCGCCGUUUUGAGGUUCUAGGUCGUUCGCCACGCAUUCUCCGUGAUAUCUUAGCUCCUAAAACAUGAUCUAUAGUGUUUGAUUUUCAAAUGCAGUGAAUUCUUAGUAUUUAUAUAUUAACAACUGUAUAAAAAUUAUACUUACAAGUAGAAACAUGUAUUACUUGAAUUGCCUCAACUUUCUACCCACAUACAACGUAUUCAAGUGGCUUAAUGAGCCAAGUUAUGUUUGGAAGAUAGUUUUUCUUUGUUGUUUGGCGAACUUCAUUAACGCAGCUGAUCGAGUUAUCAUGCCUAUUGUUAUAAUUCCCAUAUCGAAUCACUUUGGUUGGAAUCUUCACCAAUAUGGAUUGGUUCUGAGUUCGUUUUCUGUAGGCUAUCUUGGAAGUAUGAUUAUAGGUGAAAGAGCAGCAAGACGAUAUGGUGGAGGUCUGAUCCUUAUUUUUGCCAUCGCAUUCUGGUCAUUGUCAUCCCUCCUCACUCCAUUCUUUGCACACUCUAUUCGCUCUCUGAUAACUGUGCGUAUACUACUUGGCUUAAGAGAAGGAAUAGGUCUUCCUACGGUAUUCCACAUAUUUUCUUAUGUUGUGCCUGUUGAAGAACGCAGUCGAUCUUUCAGUUAUAUGGUCACAUUUGGUGCUGUUGGUCAAACAGUAGCUACCUUGGUUUGCCCUCAUUUAAUUUGGUCUCAUUCGUUUUUCAUAUUUGGUUUUAUUGGUCUUGUGUGGAUUUGUUUCUGGAUCCCUGUCUUUAACGUUGUUAAAAGAGCUGAGUCACGAAUUGAGUUGCCUGUUCAACAAGCUGAGCCUUCCAAACCGUCUCUUCGUUGGACCGAAUUCGUUUCACACUGGCCAUUAUGGGCAAUUUACAUUGCUCAUUUCAGUAUGAACUGGUCAAAUUAUAUUGUAAUGCUAUGGUUACCGACCUACUUAGUUCGUUAUUUGGGAGCUACUGAAUAUGCCAUAAUGCUAACAGCUAUACCUUAUAUAUGUAAUUGUAUUGGGAGUGUUAUCGCCGGACGGCUAGCGAAUUACUUAACUAAACGGCAGUUCAGUGUACUAACUGUUCGACGCCUAAUGUCAUCUAUUGGUCUUCUUGGUCCAGGUGUGGUACUUUUUUUGUUUUCUCUAUCAAGCAGUGUAACAUCAGCUAUUGUCCUGAUUUCUGUGUCCAUGACAUUUUCCGCCUUCAAUUCUGCUGGACAUUUAUGUAAUCAUGUAGAGGUUGCACCUAAUCAUGCAGGUACCACAUUUAUCAUAAGCAAUAUUUUGGCUACUAUACCUGGAAUAGUAUGUGGUCCACUAACUGCCGAAUUAGUUAUCACAUCUGGUGGAAGGUGGUUUCCUGUAUUCAUACUAGCUGGUUUUAUAAAUGUAGUUGGUGCUGUUGUGUACAUUAGCCAGAGUUCUACAACACAAGUAUUGUAAUCAUGCGAAUAAUGUGUACAGAUGUCCAUGUACAUUCACUUUUUUUAUUCUUCCAGCUUUGUAUCUGACUUUUUUCCUACCCAAGUCUAUACUUCCUCUCCUUACUUAAUUAAUUAAUCAUGAACUGUGCCUUCAACUUUCUGUUUGACGAAAUUCGUUGUCAAAUUUACGUAUCGACCAUGUAAGGUAUCUCCGCAGAGAUAUGGUCAAGAUUUAUUCAUUGAAUUUAUUCGGUUAAAAUUAUUCACCCUUUACUAAAACGAAAUCACACUGUUUCGUUAUAAAUUAGUAAAUCGACAAAUCAUUGUUACUUAUCCCUUGAUUUUAACAAAUGAUACUGAGUAUUAAAAAUGAAUUAAUACACUGGCAAUAUUACGAUAUAGAAUUGACGAUAAAACGUAGUUUCUUAUGAUUAGCUUUAUCAAUCACAAUAAAAUUUGAAAUAAUUGUAUGACAAAGAAACAAAUACAUGACUUAAUGGUCAGAAUAAUUUACUGCCCAACACUUAACAUUCUAAACAUAGGCAUCUAGCGUUUAAAGUUUUCAUUCUCGUGCUAUAAUUCUGUUAUGAAUAACCUAUGAAAUAGUAUUUUGGCGGUGAAAUCCCGCAAUAAUCUAAGAAUAUACAAAGUUCCAUUUAGGAACUGUGGCAUUUUCUAUAACUGCAUUAACACUAUCACCCUCAAUGUUUCCACUUUGAUGCAGACCAGACAACAGAUAGGUUUGAUGGUCUUCGACAGAUUGACACAAGCAGACUGAUUGAACCUUCUGUUACGAUCAAAUCGAGUUGGGUCCAAGGUUAGCUGGAUGUGUUUGGGUGACACCAUAGAAGUGGCAGGUCAAGUCGCUUGCGGCUCUGCGAGGCUUCCCGCUCUCUAAGCACGGGUUUCACAGACCCAUCGGUCUGUUCUGGCGAAUCACAAGUUUGAUGGCAUGUAAAUUCAUAGCUCAGAACCUUUUACAACGUUUGGAUAAGGGGUGAGUAACCUGAAGUCCUUAGCAUACAAACGAUUUGAAAGUAGUAGAUACAUCGAACCUUGCGGCAAGCUGUUUCAUUCUAUCUUGCUCUGUGACCAGUAACUUCAGGUCCACCCAGUGAAGCAGAGGUCUGUUCAGAGCUACAGAUUUCGGAAAGUCAUCAGGCCUAAAAGAUCUACGAACACCACAAAUUUGUAUGAAAAUGCAAGAACAAUGAAAUCUGAUUCAUUUUGAGACAAUUGAUCGACAUAUUGCAAAUCACGCAUUCACUGUAUGAUUGCUAGAUUUUAUUAACUAGUCCUGUAAUUUUCUGUAAAAUACAUUCGGUUGUCCUCACUCGUAUUCUUGUUCACUACACUAUCGCGAAUAUCGGC